GAAGGUGGAAAAGCGGGUAGGAGGAGCGUCGCGCUUCGGUUCCGCUAGCCGUCGGACUACUGGCCUCCCUGGCCAGGCCUCUUCCCAGCCACCCGCCAUGGCGUCUGCGGGGCGGCGGGAGCCCGCGGGCGAGGGCAUCAAGUUGUCAGCAGAUGUCAAACCAUUUGUCCCUAAAUUUGCUGGGCUCAGUGUGGCAUGGUCAGAGUCUUCAGAAGCACGCGUUUUUCCCAGCUGUGCAGCCACGACGUACUAUCCAUGUGUCCAGGAAUUAGCAGUGCCUGAACAGAAACUCUAUGCUGAAGAUAUGGCUUUUGGAGCUUCAACUUUUCCACCUCAGUAUUUAUCUCCUGAGAUCCCUCUUCAUCCGUAUGCCUAUUCUCCUUACACCCUGGAGUCGUCACGAAAUGUUUGCCCAGUGCCUGGCUCCCAGUAUGAUUACAACCAACCCAGUUGUUUCGGAGGUUUUCAAACCGUGAAGCCACGAAACGAGCACAUGUGCCCUCUCCCGCAAAACACAAAAGCUCUGUUUAAGAAGAAAACCUGUGAUGAGCAGAAGUUUGACACUAAGAAGACUGAUGGACCUAUAUCAUCUGAUUUAAAAUCAGUUAAAAGUUCACCUCGUAUGUCCAUUCAUGCUGAGAAUAGUUUGAAAUCAGAUGGUUAUUAUAAACGAACAGACAGGAAAUCCAGAAUCAUUGAAAAAAGUGGAUCUGCCUCCAAACCUGAGUUUGAAUUUACCAGGUUGGAUUUUCCUGAACUGCAGGGUCGAGAGAACAGUGAGAUACCAGAGAUACAAAAGCAGCUCAAGUGGGGGCCUUUACGCUCUGCCUCUACUGACGUUUCUCUUCUAAGAGAAGUGGGGAAACCUGCUGCAGUGUUAGCAGAGGGUGAAAUAGUGGUGAAAAAUAAUAAUCGGACCGAAUCUGUAACUGGUAAUGCUGCUACCAGUCCCUCUUCAUGUACGAGAGAAUUAUCUUGGACACCAAUGGGUUAUGUUGUUCGGCAGACAUUAUCUACAGAACUGUCACCAGCCCCUAAAAAUGUUACUUCCAUGAUAAACCUAAAGAUGGUUGCUUCAUCAGCAGAUCCUAAAAAUGGUAGUAUGUCAUCUUCUGAAGUUUUAUCUUCGGAGCCUUCGUACAAAGAGAAACAUGUUGUCCAUCCUACUAAAAAGUCCAGAGCAUCACAAGGUGACGAUCCUGAGCAAAAUGAAGCCUCAAGAAAGAAUAAGAAAAAGAAAGAAAAGUCUAAAUCAAAAUAUGAAGUCCUGACAGUUCAAGAGCCACCAAGGAUUGAAGAUGCCGAGGAGUUUCCCAAUCUGGCAGUUGCAUCUGAAAGAAGAGACAGAGUAGAGUCACCGAAAUUUCACUCUAAACAGCAGCCACAGAAUAAUUUUAAAAGUAGUGGAAAGAAGAGCCAAAUUCCAGUACAGUUGGAUUUGGGAGGAAUGCUAACCGCAUUGGAAAAGAAGCAGCACUCCCAGAAUGCAAAGCAGUCCUCCAAACCAGUGGUGUUCUCAGUCGGAGCAGUGCCCGUCCUCUCCAAAGACUCCAUGUCAGGGAAGAAGGGCCACCGCUUUGGCCAGGUGAAGACCCCGCACAAUCCCUUAGACUCCAGCGCCCCCCUGAUGAAGAAGGGGAAGCAGAGGGAGGUCCCCAAGGCCAAGAAGCCAACCUCGUUGAAGAAGAUUAUUUUGAAAGAGCGGCAGGAGAGAAAGCAGCAGCGUCUCCAAGAAAAUGCUGUGAGCCCAGCUUUUGCCAGUGACGAUGUGCAAGAUGGAGAGAGCGGUGGUGACGACCAGGCCCUCGGGCAGCCUGACCCCUCAGGGGGAAUGGAAGAGUUGGUGUCCUGUGCUUCUGUGGCAGAGAGCAAGUCAGAAGACCGGCUGGGAGCUGAGCCCCAGAAGGAGGUGGAGGCCUGCCCCAAGAUCCACAGCCGGCGGUUCCGGGACUACUGCAGCCAGAUGCUCAGUAAAGAAGUUGAUGCUUGUGUUACGGACCUGCUGAAAGAGCUGGUUCGUUUCCAAGAUCGUAUGUACCAGAAAGAUCCAGUCAAGGCUAAGACCAAACGCCGACUUGUGUUGGGGCUGAGGGAGGUUCUCAAACAUCUGAAGCUCAAAAAGUUGAAAUGCAUCAUCAUCUCCCCCAACUGUGAGAAGAUACAGUCGAAAGUGUAAACUUCCACUCGGCUGGAACUGGACUUUCAGGGAUCCAGUCCAGAUCCUAGCCCUGAGCUUUUCCGGUUGCUGUUCCAGUCUGAAGACUUGAGGUUUCCUGACUUGCCUGCAGCACCCAGGGGCACUAGGCCAGCAGCUGGAUCUGGAUCUGCUCAUUGCCGGCCCAGUGGGCUCGUCCCCGUCCUAGUUCAGGGCAGGUGCAGUCCCAGCCAUCAGAAAGGGGUCUCAGGGGACCUGCCUGUUUGGUUGUGUGCUGGCAGUGUCCCCACCACAGUCCCAUGGCAGGCGCUGGGCUUGACAUGAAUCCCUCCUCAAGCUCUCAGCCAGCUGCCUGAACCUCUUAAGGCAGUGGGUGCAUCGGGCAUUCUGCAGCUCCUCUGCUGGAAUCGUUCCGGGCUCUGUGCUUCCUGUGCAGCUGUCGUCCUGGGGGCGGGCUCCCCCAUCUCCUGUUGGGGUGUGGUGUUUAGUGGCUCCCGUGCACUCCUUUGUCUCGGGGUGUGCACAUCCCCCAGUGGCUUAUGAGAGAAAGGGUACAUGGCAGCACAUUUAGAAGUUGGUGCUUGAAAUCCAGUCUUUCUGAUUUCUGACCUUUUCCCCUUUGUUCUCCCUUCUCUCUGGAAGCUUGUGGGAAAUUCCUUGUGCCCAGGGUUCCGGGAGGUGGGGCGGUUUGCAGGCAGUGCCCUCAGUUCUGGGACGUGCUGUUGGGUUUGUGCUCUGGAUCUCCCUACAGUCGGUCCUCUCUAGGCUCUUCCUGGAACCAUGUUGCUCAGAUGCUGGGCCUCCUGCACUGCUGUCCUCCUGUGACUUUUCCUCUUCUUCUUUUCACCUCUUUCGUUUGGUUCUGUUUUCUGUAAGGAUUCUUCCGCUAUGUCUCAAUCUUUCUACAGAGUUUUUUAUUUCUGCUAUUAUUUUUAAUUUCUGGGAGCUAUUUUUAUUGUUCUCUGAAGUUUCUUUGUGUGUUGCAGCUGCCGUUGCUCUGUGGAUGUGUUUCCUCCCUGAGAAUAAUAGUGAUGUGAAGGUUCCUUCUCCCUGCAUAGCCUCCCUUCCCAGGUGGUUUGCUGUUUUGAUCUCGUGGUGGAGGUUUCUGCAGAUACCGGUGUCUGCUAUCUGUUUUUUGUUUUUUGUUUUUUUUUAAUUUUUAAAUUUUUUUGGCCACACCGUGCGGCAUGUGGGAUCUUAGUUCCCCGACCAGGACUCGAACCUGUGCCCCCUGCAUUGGGAGCAUGGAGUCUUAACCACUGGACCGCCAGGGAAGUCCCCUGUCUGUCUUUAACAGCUUUUAAAGCUGACUAGAAAUCUGGGGGCGGGGCUGGCAUUUAAAGGCUUUGAGCUGCAUUUGAGGGCAGUGGUUCUCAAACUGUAGUGAGCAUCAGAGUCACCCAGGAGGCUGGUGAAGACACAGAUUCCAGAGUUUCUUCCUGAGCAGGUCCAGCAGGCCCCAAAAUUUGCAUUUCUAGUAAGUUCUUAGUUGCUGCUGUGGAUGCCAAGCUAGAACCUCUGCUGUAGGAUGACAGCUGGGCUGCUGCUCUUUCGCUCUGACUCCGUAUUCCCUGGGGAAGAACUCUCUUACCUCCUGGGAGUCUGUGACCUUGUCCUUACACCCACGGUUAGAAGUGUGGGUCCCAGUGUCCCACAGACCUGCCGCCCUGCCUCACCAGAGGCCCGGCACUGGCACGUCGUCUGGGUGAAGUGGGUCUGGACACCAACUUGCUGUCACCUCAUCUGAACUUCACCCUGUCUCUGAAGUGCCCAGUGCUGCCAGUUAGCUGCCAAGCUCUGGGGAUUGAAUUCUAGGGUAUAAAUGGCUGGGUCUAGGUGUUUUCCCAUUGUUGGCUUAGGUCAGCUGAGUCAGCUGUUUGCGUUUCAGCUUCCAAAACUUUUUUGCUCUUAUCUUGCAUUCUCCUGUGGAUUUUCACCUUUAAAAGACAAACCAGGGACUUCCCUGGUGGCACAGUGGUUAAGAAUCCACCUGCCAAUGCAGAGGACAUGGGUUCGAGCCCUGGUCCGGGAAGAUCCCACAUGCCACAGAGCAACUAAGCCUGUGUGCCACAACUACUGAGCCUGUGCUCUAGAACCCGUGUGCCACAACUACUGAGCCCGUGUGCCACAACUACUGAAGCCCGCGCACCUAGAGCCCGUGCUCCGCAACAAGAGAAGCUACCGCAGUGAGAAGCCCGCGCACCUCAACGAAGAGCAGCCCCCCGCUCGCCGCAACUAGAGAAAGCCCACGUGCAGCAACGAAGACCCAAAGCAGCCAAAAAUAAAUAAAUUUUUUUAAAAAGUAAAAAAUUAAAAAAAAAAAAAGACAAACCAAGAAACGGGAAUGUGUGUAUUCAGUUGGCAGUCCACCUUGCUCUUUCUUUAAGCCCCCACUACUCUGACUGUGCCAGAGAAUGGAGCUAGGAAUGUACUGAUGGGCAUCUCAAGGAUUUGUUAUACAUUUAAAAUAACGUUGUUGAAUCAUCCGUCCCUACAUUGUUUAUUUUUUGCUUUGAAGCAUA